GUUGCGAAUCCUGCGAUAGCGCCUGCUCCGCUUUAAUGCGCAAUCUGCCCUCAGCCACUACUUCCACUCUGCGUCUUUGAUUUUGAAUCAAGGCCUAACCUGCUGCUGAUUCAGGUUCGUGCGCUGUUGCGCCGACUCCACCGUCGUCCCUACUGCAAGGCAGACGCAGGAACAAGACAAUUGACUGUCGGUUCGACUUCUUCAGCAACAAACUUGGUUGCAAAGACUCUAGAGGCUAACACUCUUCUUUAAAAACACACUGACAGGCACGAGCUCGACGUCGAUAGCAUCAAGAUGGGCUCGUCGUCGGAGUCGGAGGGAGAGAUAAUCGAGUCGCGGGAGCACACCAAGGCAAUUACGGGCCCAUACAUUACCACCAAAGACCGCACCAUUGACCGUCGAUCCAACAGUGCCACGCCGUCUGCCUCAAGGUCACCGCCGAGGCAGUAUUCUCGCCGCGACGAUCGCUCACCCUCGCCAUAUCGCCACUCGCGAGGUGACAAACGCAAGCGAAGUGAUAAACCUCUUUACGAUGCGCGAGAUGCGCACGAUCGUCGUCGCUAUGACUCUCGCACACGCCGCACGUACCAUGACCCGGAUGAGCCUAGCGAGUUCGGUGGCUUGCGUAAUGGAUAUAACAGCUUCCGUAUGAGUGGAGAGCGCAGGCAUGACCGCAAAUACAGAGCCUCUUCCCGUGAGAGGGACCGAAGUAGAUCGCCAUGGCGCCCAGGGAAACCCAGCAGCCGUGACACUCAGCAAAGCAAGAGCAAAGAUAAGGCUUCUCGCAAUGAAAGUGAAGAACCCCGCAGUCGUGAGUCAAGCAAGCAACCUCCAUCUUCGGUAGCGGCGGAAGAGAUGACCGAGCCUGAGGCGAAGCGUGUGAAGUUUGACAAUGCAGCGAAGCCUCCGGCAGAAGAUCCAGUUCCUUUGGUCGACCCAGAACCUUUGGACGAAGAGGCUGAGAUAGAACGAAGACGUCGCGAGCGUCAAGCUAAGAGGGAAGCACUCCUGAAUAAGACUAAGCCGUCAUCUUUGCUCACGCAAGCUUUGAAUGUACCUACUCCAGCAGAUUCUGUGCCAGCCACCCCGCCAAUGGACACACCGUCUCGCGAAAGCCGUGCAGUCACUCCUACUAUUUCAAACCCGUCAACACCACGUCAUGAUUCAGCACCGAACUCACCUCUGCGAGCCGAGGAGCUCGCGAGGCAGCUCGAAGGACUUGGAGAUGAUGACGGCGAAGAGCAAUCAGCAGCUAUGUAUGACCCAAAUAUGGACGUCGAUGAGGACAGAGCUAGGCACGAAGCGGAGCGUACACGCAAUGGGGAACUGCCCGCUGGCGCCUACGAUGAAAGAAAAGACAAAGACCGCAAAGAUGUCCCUGUAGCAGAACUGACGGAACAAACCAAAGCCCCAAAAAUCCCUACAAACGAUAUGUUUGCUGACGACUCAGACGAUGACAUGUUCGCCGUGGGAGACAAGCCACUUGAGAGCACGAAUGCUGUAAAGCCAGAGCCCAUGUCUGCACAAGGCCGUGCUCUGGCCGCUGACUUACACGACAAUUGGGAUACCCCUGACGGCUUCUACAAGACCAUUGUUGGUGAGCUAAUCGACCAUCGCUAUGUUGUGAAAGCAGCUUUGGGUAAAGGCGUCUUCGCGACCGUUAUCCGAGCUCAAGACACGCAGUCGAAGAAGCUUGUCGCCAUCAAGAUCGUCCGCAACAAUGAGGCCAUGCGUAAGGCAGGCAUGAAGGAGAUCGACAUACUUACCAAACUUGCUCAAGCCGACUUGGAUGACCACUUUCACAUUGUGCGUUUGCAUCGCCAUUUCGUCCACAAGAAUCAUCUUUGCAUGGUCUUUGAGAACUUAGGCAGCAAUUUACGCGACCUUGUAAAGAGUUACGGUCGAAAGACAGGACUCGAACUACAGGUCGUCAAGUCCUACGCCGUGCAAAUGUUCAAGGCUCUUGUACUUCUUCGAAAAUGCGAAAUUCUGCAUGCUGAUUUGAAACCCGACAACAUCCUGAGCGAUGCGGGCACAGGCAAAAAAAUCAAAAUUGCAGAUCUCGGGUCAGCAACUGCGGCCUCUGACAACGAAAUUACCCCAUACCUUGCCUCUCGCUUCUAUCGUGCUCCAGAAGUGAUGCUUGGUAUUCCACCGCAGUAUUCUAUCGACAUGUGGGCUAUUGGCUGUACUCUAUUUGAACUCUAUACCGAUGCCAUUCUUUUCGUCGGCAAGUCCAACAAUGAAAUGCUCAAGGCUAUCCAAGAGUGUCGUGGAAAGAUAUCUAAAAAGGUCAUUCGUCGUGGGACUGAUGAACUCAAAUAUGCACACUUCGACGCCAACCUUGAACUCUUCGGCAGUGUUGAGCGUGUUGGCAUUCCGCCCAAGGAUACAAUACGUUGGAUCAAUUUUGGGAGUCAGCCCGUUCCGGGCAAGGACAUUAAGACGAGAUUACUGCGCGCAGCAAAUAAGAAAGGUACUACAAAAGCAGAUCAGCUCAAGGAGCUCGAUGAUUUUCGCGAUUUGCUGGAUAAGUGCUUAAAGCUGGAUCCAGAGGAGAGAAUCACGCCCAGGCAGGCUCUUGCUCACCGAUUCUGCAGUGGAAAGUCCACUGCUACAAUGACCGGCAAAGCAGGUGGCAGAUAUUGAAGGGCUACAGCUGUGAGGCAGAGCCAGAACAAUGCACUUCACAGAUUUAGGGCCGGUUGAUUUCAAAUAUUAUGAGCAUGGCUAGAGUUCGUAUUCAUUCCAUGCGCAUGAGAGAGUGUGUUGAGUCCAUAGCAUAGCGUAUAGAUGCUUAACAAACAAUACCAGCAACUACAUGCCCAGCGA